AUGAGAAACAAAGAAUCUUAUGAUCAGAAUGUCCAAGAGGUUGAAGGACAAGAAGGGUGUGUACAUGUAUUGGGAAUUAAGAAGUCUUCAUUGUUGAAUGAUUGUGUAUAUUUCCAUGUACUAUCAAAUUUUUCUUUAGAUCUUAUGCAUGAUAUUCUAGAAGGAGUUGUGCAGUAUGAGAUUAAGUUAGUUCUUAGAUAUUUUAGCUGUGAAAUACACCCCUCAUUGUUCACUUUGGAAAACUUGAACCGACGUGUAGCUAGUCAUAGUUUUGGAUUUACAGACAGGAAAAAUAAACCAUCAUAUAUUAAACUUAACUCCACUAGUAAUGACAUUGGUCAGAAAGCCAUGCAAGCUUGGUGUUUCAUCAGGCACCUUCCAUUUAUAAUUGGACAUGAUAUUAAAGAUGAUGACCCAUAUUGGGAACUAUUACUCAAAUUACUUGAUUGUAUGGAUAUUAUCUUUUCUCCAAGAAUAACACCAGGUCUUAUAGCUCAACUUCGUAUCUUAAUUGAGGAUCAUCAUAAUCAUUUUCGUUCAACCUUUCCUGAUAAGAAACUGUUGCCGAAACACCACUUCAUGGUACAUUAUCCAACGUGUCUGGAAAACAUUGGUCCUCUUUUGCAUGUUUGGUGUAUGCGAUAUGAGGCAAAGCAUGAAUAUUUUUGUAGGGUGGCAGACACUGCUCGGAAUUUCAAGAACAUUUGUAAAACAGUUGCAAAACAACACCAAAUGACCCAGAUAUACCAAUUAAAAUCUGAUCAACCAUUGGAAAAUUUAGAAGUUGGUCCUGGAUUGUCCAUCCUUUGUUCUUAUUUAGAAGAAAUUUGUGUUGAGACAGUUGUUGAGACGAUUCCAGGUGUUACUCGUUUCACAGAGAUCUUCAGUGCCAAUUGGGUCAAUUUGUGUGGAACUAUUUAUCAGCCAUUGCUACUACUUUGUUAUGAUGUGAAAGAGUUACCGAUGUUUGGUCAAAUUCAGCACAUCCUAAUAUAUCAAGAAAAUGUCUAUUUUGUAUUGCAAGUUUGGGAAACAUUAAAUUACAACAGCCAUUACCAUGCUUUUUCAAUCAAAACAAAACAUCCAUUAUGCUAUGUUGUUAAAUCUCAAGGUGAACUGGUGGACCAUUAUCCGUUAGAUGUCGUGUCAAGUUUAUUAAAAAGUGCACAUGUGCAGUACGUUGCUCCAAGACAUGUGUUGUUCAAAUAG